UACGAGCGUUGCGCCUCAGCUUCCGUGGGGCUCGCGGCCGGCGCGUCACGGGAGCGCGCCGUACUUCCGGCGCGAGGAACGUUUGAGGCAUUGGUAACCAUUACAGUGGUUGCCGCCCGGGCGGAGGCACCGUCGUCUGUUGCUACCUGCGUCCGGCGCCCUCCGGAGGCCGAUUUGGCGGGCUCUGCGCCAGCAAAGGUCUGUCAGGAAUUGAAGAUUUACCAGUCCUACGGGACCAAGGAGUUUCGCAAAUAACCCUCCAGCAAGUUUAAAAAUAAUUAGGCCCAACUCAGAGAAAGCGGAGUUGCUCUGGUUGCACAAAAAAGAUGUCUAGCUGCUCCAGUGAAGUCGAUGUGCAGGGAAGUGUCGUGUCUAACACAUCCUGCAACGAAGAGCAACAAAAAACAAUUCUGAAUGUCCUUACUCACUGCCAGGUCAUCUAUGAUGCUAUUCAAAAACUGGAUAAGAAGCUUGAUGUCGUGCACGCAAAGGUUAGAAAAAUCAAGCAUUUUCGUGUGAAGUCAUGGUUGCAAAGUCGUAAGCCACUCGGAUAUGCAUUUAAAGAUUAUAAUUACCUGCUUUCUAAAAAGAUCAGAUACCAGAAAAUGAGGAAGAAGCAGUGUCUCUGUCCAUCGCCUUACCCUAAAAGUUAUAGCCCCACUAUUCCAGUACAAAGGCCGGAAAAGGAUUCCCAGAGCAACCCUCUAGAAGCACCUUUUGGGUCCCCGGUGCCUCUGGAUCUGGAGCGAUCCCUUAGCCUGAGCCCGACGGUCCCCUCCACCUACCGCAGGCGUUCCUACGAGGAGUACUACUCGCCCCAGGACCCCACGCAGGGCUCCUCCAGUCCAGAGGCCCACAACACCCGCAGUCUUUUCUUAGACACCCAGUCCACUGCGGUCGAGCCUGCAACCGUGCUGACCCAGAGUGAACGCAGUCCAGCACAUAGCCCUGACAUGAUGACCUACCCAGCUUUACUGGAAAACAGUAGAUUCAGCCGUGCUGGCUCACCUCUCUAUGUCCCGACCAGCUUCGGUCCAAGUUCACCAGUUGGAAGUGCCCCGGGUGUCCUCAAACAGAGCCUCCCUGAUGACCCUUCAACCUGGUCUGUGGAUGAAGUGAUCCUGUUUCUGAAAUACGUAGAUCCUCAGUUAUCAAGUGCCCUCGUCGACCUCUUCAUGCAACAUGACAUUGAUGGGAAAGCUCUGCUACUGCUCAAGAAUGACAUGAUGAUGAAGUACAUGGGGCUUAAGCUGGGGACAGCUCUGAAGCUGCGCCACUACAUUGAAAUGCUUAAAGACAGAAGGAUACCUCAACAAUUUAAAAAGUGUGUAGAUUAGAUUGGACUUAAUUCUAGGGAGACCAAUGCCACCUUUUCUCUCUGCCCUUAGUUUUUGUUGUGUAGAAGGUUCCUCUAAAAUACAGUGUAUCCAAAAUCACAGAACCCUGGGACAGUCCAGGCUACUCCUUUAGAAGCCAUUUAACAUGUUAGCACUAGCAGAGUCAAACUGGUGCUUUGUUCUUUGUAUCUUUUCAUUAUUUUCCUUGCAUAGUUUACAGAUAGUUAGUUACACUUCAUGCAGGAAACAGAGAAACACCUUUGAUUUUGGUUAAUGUUUAUAUGUAAAACCAAAACAGCCAAAUCCCAAAGGGGAAAGUAGUCAGGGAGGGAUUGACGGGUUCUCUAAUGAAAAAAAUUAUAAGGUAGAUGGUCAUUUUAUGCAAGAGAUAUUACACUACAAGGGUGGGUUGGAUGGAGUCUGACUAUAUUCUUUUCAAUUAAUAUGUUUUAUUUUUAAACUUCCUUAUUUUGUCUAAGCUUCAACAUUUAACUAGGCAUUCAUUGUUCACAGCUCUCCACGAAGAUGCCUAUGUCCAAGUUUUUUAAACAUGUGUUUUAUUAUGUUUAUUCCUCAUAUGGGUACUGUUUCAUAUUUAUAUUUUGUUCUGUAGCUGAAGUAUACACACAAGUAAAUCUUUUCUUUUUUAAUUUAAAAUGGCACUUUACACUUCCACAGAGGUGAAGAUCAACUCUACAUAUAGUGAGUUUUUUUAUUCUGUAAAACAUAUGCACAUCGUUUGACAUCACUGGUACCUCUCAGCUCACACUUCAGGGUUUCCAUACAGGGAAGUUCUGUCUUGUGCAAUGUUUCUAGUUAAUUUCCUUUCUGAGCCAUUUAUCCUACUAAACUUUGGAAGGUGCAUCAGUUCUGAUUUGUCAUGUUAAUUUUAAAAAUCAGAACUUUCACAUGGAACAUGUUCAUUGUUGUUUUAUUUAUUACAUCAUUAUAUUGUAUAAUAUUUAGUGUAAUGUUAUAAGCUAUGAGAAAUGGUGCUAAUUGUAUUAGCCAUUUGUUAUAAAUGCCAGUAAGAUGUUCACCAGGGGUAAGAUUGUACGUUUUCUUUUUAGAAAACCAAGUGUACUUUAUAAGCAAAUGCAACUAUUUACUGGGCGUAUAUGAUUUAAAGGGCUUUUUCGUCCGUGUUAUUUCUUUUGUCUUAUAAGACAAGAUUCUAAUUUAAACUUGUCCUUUCAAACUGUCAGUGUGAAGAUGCUGUGCCACUUGAACAGUCCUCAGGUGUUUGUAUAAAUACUAUGUUUUACAGUUUUUAGAUUUUAAAAUAUAAUAAAGUUUAAU